CCGAAUUUCGGAGGUGUUCGCGAACGCAGCAUCUUCGUGUCCAGCCUGCUCUCUUGUGAAUAGCCGUUAGCUGGCAGGAUAGUUGACGCUAAAUAACAGCAGCUGAGGACAGACUCAAGAUGGCAGAGAAUGACGUUGAUAAUGAGCUUCUGGACUACGAGGAGGACGACGAGCCCCAGGGGCUCCCAGAAAGCGGCACCCCUGCCAACAAGAAGGAGGUGAAAGGUUCCUAUGUGUCCAUCCACAGCUCGGGCUUCAGAGACUUCCUCCUCAAACCAGAGCUGCUCCGCGCCAUUGUUGACUGCGGUUUUGAGCAUCCUUCAGAAGUUCAACAUGAGUGCAUUCCUCAAGCUAUCCUUGGCAUGGAUAUCCUCUGCCAGGCAAAGUCUGGCAUGGGAAAGACGGCUGUGUUUGUGUUGGCCACAUUGCAGCAGAUUGAACCUGUGGAUGGCCAGGUCUCUGUUCUUGUGAUGUGCCACAUACGAGAAUUGGCCUUCCAGAUUAGCAAAGAGUACGAGCGCUUCUCCAAGUACAUGCCCAACGUCAAGGUGUCCGUGUUCUUUGGCGGCCUGGCCAUCAAGAAGGACGAGGAAGUCCUGAAGAAGAACUGCCCUCACAUCGUUGUAGGAACUCCAGGCCGCACGCUGGCCCUCAUUCGAAACAAGACUCUGAGCGUGAAGAACAUCAAACACUUUGUGCUCGACGAGUGCGACAAGAUGCUGGAGCAGCUGGACAUGAGGCGUGAUGUGCAGGAGAUCUUCAGACUGACACCUCAUGAGAAACAAGUUAUGAUGUUCAGCGCAACACUAAGCAAGGAGAUCCGCCCCGUCUGCCGCAAGUUCAUGCAAGAUCCCAUGGAAGUAUUUGUGGACGACGAGACGAAACUGACACUGCAUGGCUUACAGCAGUAUUACUGCAAGCUGAAGGACAGCGAGAAGAACAGGAAGCUGUUUGACCUCCUCGAUGUGCUCGAGUUCAACCAGGUGGUGAUCUUUGUGAAGUCUGUGAAUCGUUGCGUUGCCCUGUCGCAGCUGCUGGUGGAGCAGAACUUCCCCGCCAUAGCAAUCCACCGGGGGAUGGGACAGGAGGAGAGGUUGUCCCGGUACCAGCAGUUUAAAGACUUCCAGAGGCGGAUCCUGGUUGCCACUAACCUGUUCGGCCGAGGAAUGGACAUCGAGAGAGUCAACAUAGUCUUCAACUACGACAUGCCUGAGGACUCUGACACAUACCUCCACAGAGUGGCCCGUGCAGGCAGGUUUGGAACCAAAGGCUUGGCCAUCACCUUUGUUUCAGACGAGACUGACGCCAAGACCCUGAAUGAAGUCCAGGAUCGCUUCGAGGUCAACGUGGCUGAGCUGCCAGACGAGAUCGACAUCUCCUCCUACAUUGAACAGUCCAGAUGAGUUUGCGGCUGCAGCCAGUGAAGACUGUUUCUAUGACUACUGUUGUUGCUGUAUUGUUGGCAGAAAGGAGGAAAUGAAGAAAAAUCCGUAUUUGUUUAAAUAUAACCCUCCCAACAUAAAUGUAGUCAAGUUCAAAAGGCGUUUUUUAUUUUCAACAUGUCUUUGCCGAGUGCUUGUUUUAAUGUUUCCCUUGUUUAAACCAUGUUUUCAAAAAUAUUGUUUUGGUUAAAUAAAUUUUUUGUAAC